GCAACGAAGCAGACUCUGCCCCCGGGACGGGGAUGGGUAGGGGGCAUGGAGGUGGCGGGGAACGGCGUGGGUCCUUUCCAUCUGGGACCGUUGACAUCUACGCCUAAAGAGUCAUCUACCUCGAGCCUCCCCACACGGACUGAUUCCUUGUCAUCUGAAAACAGUGACAGUUCAGGAGAAGACUGGCUCAUAAAAAUUCGUUGUCCAGGAGCAAGGCAUCGAUACAGUAAACGAGCUCAUGCAAAAAAGAACAUAUCAUCACGGUCCACAAAAACUGAAACCUCAAGCACUCUAGAUAAAAAAGAUGACUUCACAGAGAAAACAGAAUUGACGCCUACUACAUCUUACCAGGACUAUACAAAAGUGCCAAGGCAGGAGAGUGCAGACUUGGAGUGGCUGAUAAGACUUCGUUGCCCAAGAGCUCAAAUGGAACAGUUGAUGCCAGAUGUCAAGCAAUCUUUUCCAGGAGUUACUACAUUCCUGAGUAAAUCACAGAGCAAGAUUUCAGAAAGAAGUCCAUCUGAAAAGACAAAAACUUCAGAGAGUUGGCUAACACAGAAGCACUUGUCCAUUGCACAGGCUUUAGUUAAUGAAAGCCAGGAUGUUAUUGGUCCCAUUCAGUUGCUGCUGGAAAGAGAAAGCUGCUUUAUAAGGGAAGUAGACAGGUAUUUGAAGCACAAUGAUUUCUUAGCUCUAAGGAGAAAGGAAGUGCUGUACAAGAAAUGGUUUGAAAGUGUUUCAAGACCCCUGCUGCAGAAAAUUCAGGACAAAGUUGACAACCAGUCAAGCAAAGAAAUAGAAGAAAGGAAGCGAAAACAGCUCUCCCUUUAUCUAAACUAUUGUAAUGAGAAGGGAGGUGCAUUUUUAGAAAGUUAUAGUCCGUCGUCUUAUGAUCCUUUCUUCCAGAGGACUACUCCAGACUUGUGGAAGGCAUCAAUUCCUCCUUUACAUGACCCCUUGUUAAAGGAAAUAGAAGGAAGAGACAUUGAAGCCAGCAUUAUGAAGCAGUGUGAAACAGGAAAAUUACAUUCCUGUAAAGAUAUUCAUGAACUACAUAAGACUGAGUUACCACCGCUUCCUUUGGGUCGGCAUCUUAUGAACCCCAUAGAGUGGCUGAAAGUCCCAUUGCAUUAUAUGGAAAGUGAUGUCCGUCGAAAAUGCCGGCAAAAAAUGAGCACAACUAGAAACCAGACUUCUAUGGAUUUCAAGAGCUGGGGUGACUCACCCUGGCCUCCACUGAAGGAGAGAUUACCCCCUGUCGGGAAAAACGAGUUCACCCAAAUGGCCAGUCUUUUGUCAAAACAAAUAUUUACCGGCCCAUCAGUUUGGAAACCAAAAAUAAAAUCUGCUUCCUAUUGAUCUUUCUUUGAAACUGAUUCCUUGUAAAAGGGAUAAUGCCAAAUUUGGUGCAUAACAGUGUGAUUCAAUUACUUAGAAGGAAUGAUUAGAAGCUUAUUUCUGCAUCAGGGACUACUGAGAAUAGUAAAACACAGGAUACGGGGAUUUUAUGCUUAAAUGCUUAAAAUUGUGAUUAUGUAUUACUGCUUUCUAAAGUAUUGCUAAGUAGCUGCUUUAUAUUUUCUUAUAGGGGAAAAUCACAGAGCUUACUACAUAAAUACACUUUAUUUCAGAAGCUUAAGUGCAAUAUGAGUAAGACAGUGCUUCAGAUACAGAGAUAAAAUGAUGUUUUGGGGCAUACAGGGAUAUGCUCUGAAAAGCAGCUGUGGUUUUUUUGCAAGUGUGUGUGCUUGCUGUAGCUGCUGGGAAAAAUGCAUUUGGCUUAAGAAGUUGCAAUCAGAUGCUAGGUGAGUGCCUUACAUGCUCCAAAGGGUUCCACCACAAAACCGCGUUCGACGAAACCGCGUACCUGACGUCAUCACAGCGCGA